UAUAAAGAAGGUAAACGCCUCCAAAGGGACUACUAUCCUGUCGAAACGUCGUGGCGUUAUUUUGGAGGAGAUGGAACGCCUUUUACUCAUUUGGAUUAAGGAUAAAGAGAUCGCUGGUGAUUCAGUCACUGAAGCAAUAAUCUGUCAGAAAGCGUGCGCUGUUUAUAAUGACUUAAAGACCGCACCUGAAGGGAACGCGGAAGUGGAGAGCCAUCUCGCCGCCGAGGAAGAAUUCAAGGCUUCUCACGGUUGGUUCGAAAAGUUCAAGAAACGGACCGGUAUUCAUUCUGUUGUUCGUCACGGGGAGGCUGCAAGUUGUGACGCCGAGACUGCCAAGGAAUUUGUUCAGCAUUUUGAAAACAUCGUGGAGGAAGGAGGCUACGUGGAGCUGUCUCGGCCGCCUCCGUUCGCCAUGCACCCUAAGUUAAGAACGUGGCUCGCCGCAUCCUCCCUCGGCUCGCCGUAUUCCCUCCUCCUGCAACACCCGCUGUCUCGUUCACCACUCUAAAUCAAGCACGGGCUCGCCGUGUCCUCCUGCAACAUGCGCUGUCUGCUUCGUCUCCAUUCACCGCUUUUACGUUAAGGUGACAAUAAAAAUGCUUUUUUCAAACCACUGAUUGUUGUUAUUAUUAUUAUUAUUACGACUUUUAUUCAUAAUUUAUUUGUUUUGCUUUGUUUAAUUGCUAUUUGUAAU